UAUGAAAACGCCGCCGUAUUGAGAAUCUCCUACACUUAUACAACCACUAUAAUACCCUGUUAAACCCUAGCAAUCUCGCGGCUGCUCCUAGCUUCUUUCUCUCAUUCGUACGCAGCUGUUCUUCGUAACCUCCCGAGGCGUUGACUUGAAACUGCGAAAAUGCUUCUACUGUUUGAGACGCCAGCUGGUUUCGCCGUUUUUAAAGUAUUAGAUGAAGGAAAGCUCUCCAAUGUUGAGGAUUUGGGUAAUGUGUUCUCCUCUGCAGAUUCAGCCAGAAAGAUGGUAAAGCUGAAAGCUUUUGACAAGUUUGACAACACCUCUGAAGCUCUCGAAGCUGUUGCCAAACUGCUUGAAGGAGCUCCAAGCAAGGGUCUCCGCAAGUUUCUGAAAGCAAACUGCCAAGGUGAAACCCUCGCCGUUGCCGAUUCCAAGCUUGGAAACAUCAUCAAGGAGAAACUGGGAAUAAACUGUGUUCACAACAAUGGUGUUAUGGAGCUCUUGCGUGGUGUGAGAAGCCAGUUGUCCGAACUCAUCUCCGGAUUGGGAGAUCAAGACUUGGCUCCGAUGAGCUUGGGGUUGUCUCACAGCCUUGCGAGAUAUAAGCUGAAGUUCAGCUCUGACAAGGUUGAUACUAUGAUCAUCCAAGCGAUUGGUCUGCUUGAUGACCUUGACAAGGAGCUCAACACUUACGCCAUGAGGGUUCGUGAGUGGUACGGCUGGCAUUUUCCCGAGCUUGCCAAGAUCAUAAGUGACAACAUCCUCUAUGCUAAGUCUGUGAAGCUAAUGGGAGACAGAAUCAAUGCAGCAAAGCUAGACUUCUCUGAGAUAUUGGCUGAUGAAGUUGAAGCUGAGCUUAAAGAGGCUGCUGUGAUAUCCAUGGGAACUGAAGUGAGUGACCUUGAUUUGAUGCACAUCAGGGAACUCUGCGAUCAGGUUCUGUCUCUUUCUGAGUACAGAGCUCAGCUUUACGACUACUUGAAGAGCAGGAUGAACACGAUUGCGCCGAACCUGACCAGCCUUGUUGGUGAGCUCGUUGGUGCUCGUCUGAUCUCUCACGGUGGUAGUUUGUUGAACCUCUCGAAGCAGCCUGGGAGCACUAUUCAGAUUCUUGGAGCUGAGAAGGCUCUCUUCAGAGCUCUAAAGACCAAACACGCUACUCCUAAGUACGGUCUGAUCUACCAUGCAUCUGUGGUUGGCCAAGCUGCGCCCAAGAACAAGGGUAAAAUCUCGAGGUCGCUAGCUGCGAAAGCUGCGCUUGCUAUCCGUUGUGAUGCUCUUGGUGAUGGGGAGGACAAUAGUAUGGGAGUUGAGAACCGUUUAAAGCUUGAAGCAAGGUUGAGAAGUCUGGAAGGGAAAGACGCAGGACGUCUCUCUGGCUCAGCUAAAGGCAAACCAAAGAUUGAAGCUUAUGACAAGGAUAAGAAGGUGGGAUCUGGUGGUCUGAUCACUCCUGCUAAGACUUACAACACUGCUGCUGACUCUGUUACUGGACAAACUUCUAAAGCUGAGGAGAGUGUGAAGAAGGAUAAAAAGAAGAAGAAGAAGGCUGAAGCAGAGGAGGAAGAAGCCAAGACUGAGGAACCAUCUAAGAAGAAGUCAAAGAAGAAGAAGGCUGAAGUAGAGCCUGAGACCGAAGAGCCUAAGACUGAGGAACCUUCAAAGAAGAAGAAGAAGAGGAAGCAUGAGGAAGAAGAAACUGAGAUGCCUGCCAAGAAGAAGGAAAAGAAGGAUAAGAAAAAGAAGAAGAGUGAGGCUUGAAGAGAGAGUUUAUUGUCUUUUUGUUUUUGUUUCUUGCCCUUAGGUGUUAUUUUGAAACUCUUAAGAACUGGUCAUCGAUUUGUAAGGCUUAUUAGUUGUUUUCCCCAGAAACUUGCAUUCCUAAUGAAUUUGAUUAAAGUA